GGGUGCACAGCGACCAGUCAUGGACGAACUGGUUUUAACUAAAGAACCACGGAGAGGAACUUUUAUCAUCACAAUGACUUUUGAAGGAAGGUUUUCUUGGACCUGGACAAAGCAAGACAAGUUUUGAUGUGUCAGGUAAGUUAUUGAAGAACUGGAGCAUUUGAAUAAGGAUUGAUUUGAAUGCAGCUUGAAUAGAUGGAAUUAACCCCAGUUAUCUAUCUUGAGGAAACUCGUUCAACUUUGCGCGUAAAAGUCUGGAGCGCACGGCACGAGGGACCCGUGCCAAAACCUCACGGGAAAAAUCUAUUGAUUUUAUGGUCAUUUUUAGGUGAAAGCUGAAAAAACAUCAAUGAAUCUUCAUGUGGAUAAACUUCUUUUCGUUACUGGUGUUCACGAAUGACACACACCCUGCUCUCGAGCGAAGGAUGAAGGUGUGUAACCGUGGAGCGCAAAUGCUCGUCACCACGGCCGGGGCUUUCGCAGCCUUCAGUCUGAUGACCAUCGCCGUGGGUACGGACUACUGGUUAUACUCGCGUGGGGUUUGCAGGACUAAGAGCGCGAGUGACAAUGACACGAACCGAAAGAAUGAAGAGGUGCUCACGCAUUCAGGACUUUGGCGACAGUGCUGCAUGGAAGGCGUAUUCAAAGGGGGUUGUAAGAACAUUGAUCAUUUCCCAGAGGAUGCCGAUUAUGAACAAGAUGCUGCUGAAUAUCUAUUGCGUGCUGUGCGCGCCUCUAGUCUUUUCCCUAUCUUGAGUGUUGGACUGCUGUUCAUUGGUGGAGUUUGUGUAGCUGCUAGUGAAUUCUACAAGGGCCGACACAACGUCAUCCUGAGCGCGGGCAUCUUUUUCGUCUCAGCUGGUCUAAGUAACAUAAUUGUCAUUAUCGUGUACAUUUCGUCCAACGCUGGCGACCCCAACCAGAGCGAUUCCAAGCGCAGUCACUGGUACGGCUGGAGCUUCUACUGCGGCGCGCUUUCCUUCAUCAUAGCGGAGACAGUUGGCGUCCUCACCGUGCACCUGUUCAUCGAUACGCACCGCGUGCUGAGAGCGCGUUCACGUCGCUCUCUCCAUCCCAGCACACACCCCUUGCAGCCUCGGCGCAGUACCAGCUACAGGUCUCGUUACCGCUGGAGACAGGGUCAAAAUCGCUCAUCUGACUCCCGAUCGCGCGAGCCUUCUCCUGCUCGCCACGGGAACGACCUCGGACUGUACGCGCUGGGACGCGGGCUACCACCAACAGUGACCCAAGCGCUAGACCACAGCUUAAUUAAUAGCAGUCGCGGGUUUGCGCAUUUCCAUAACUCUGUCAUCGCCAACAAUACUUUUGUGAAGCCUCAUAUUUUUUCCGCGCAAAGCUCUGCGAAAUCAGAAGCAGGAAUUCCAAUACAAAACUCUUUGAGUUCCGAAAAGGGGUUUGGGUUUUCAAAUGCACACGGACCAAAUUCAGCCAAGUCAGAAAACGGAGUAACACUGUCACAGAAUUAUAAACAAGGCUCGGCAAAUCACAGUAAAACCGCGGUCCGCGCACAGAUGGUCGGGAAUAAUAUCGCGCACACACUGUCAGGAUAUGGCAGAAGAACCCAAUAG